CGCCCCGUCUCGCGGUUCCGCCACCGCCACAAAGGCACACCCGCACCCGCAGCGAAGAACCCUGCAAGGCGAGGCGAGCUUUUCGUCCAUAACCCGUGCGGCGAAUCCCUCUCGCAUCCUCCCCCGCGAUCGCCAACAGAGGCUGGUGACGGGAUCGUCCGGCGAUGGAGUACGUGAACCCUCUCACUGGCUUCCGCGUCGACGGCCGGCGCCCCAACGAGAUGCGGCAGCUCAAGGGUGAGGUGGGCGUCGUUGCUAGGGCCGACGGGUCGGCAAUGUUCGAGAUGGGCAACACCAGAGUCAUUGCCGCUGUCUAUGGCCCUCGAGAGGUCCAAAUCAAAGGUCAACAAGUCAGCAGCGAAGAGGCUUUGGUGCGUUGUGAGUAUAGGAUGGCAGAUUUUAGUACUGGGGAUCGAAGGAGAAAACCAAAGGGUGACAGGCGAUCAACAGAAAUUUCACUUGUUAUCCGGCAAACAAUGGAGGCAAGCAUUUUAACACAUUUAAUGCCACGUUCACAGAUUGAUAUAUUUGUCCAAGUUCUUCAAGCUGAUGGUGGUACAAGGGCUGCAUGCAUCAAUGCUGCAACACUAGCACUUGCAGAUGCUGGAAUUCCCAUGCGAGACAUCGUUACAUCUUGCAGUGCUGGUUAUCUGUGUUCUACUCCAUUGCUCGAUCUAAAUUAUAUAGAAGACAGUGCUGGAGGUCCAGAUGUCACUGUUGGCAUUCUUGCAAAGAUGGACAAAGUUACUCUUCUGCAGAUGGAUGCAAAACUACCAAUGGAUACAUUUGAAACUGUAAUGGAACUUGCAAUUGAAGGCUGCAAAGCUAUUGCAAAAUACAUCCGAGAGGUGCUAUUGGAGAACACAAAACGGCUGGAGUGCCAGCGUGGUUAGUUAAAGCUCGCAGGUGUUAUCUUCAUUAUAAAUUGCGUCAUGCAUGCUAUCACGUAAUUAUCAGCCAUUGGAUAUAAGUCUCAAUCUAUCAAUGUCACGACCCAAAGUCUCAAUUUAUUUGUGAAUGGCACUAGGCAGGAUUUGGAGUUUUCAGACCCACAGUACGGUUCCAUCUAUUUCAACUUGCUUGUAUAUUGCUGAUCACAUAAUUCAGGUCUCAGACCAGACUUUGUAUCAGGUCACUUCCUGCAGCAGACAUACAUGUACCGUGCCAUUUUUGUUGAAAUCAAAGCCUACAAGGCUGCAUUCGGAAGUGAGGAUUGACUGGAGCUUUCUUCGUGAGGCGGAUCAUUAGCAUAUGAUUAAUUAAGUAAACCACUCCUGGGACUGGAUGUCACCACCCCUACUCAAACAUCUCAUCCAGACUAGUUCCCGUGCCAAUCAAAUAGCAAGAAUAAUAUGAGUAUAUUACACAUAGCGAGAUAUUAGUACAUUGUUAAAAAUGAUUACUAGUAGUUAUUCAUAACCAUUUCAUUAUAAAGGAUGUUAAGUAUAUUAUCUGAGUGAUUAUAAUAAUCAUCGUAAUCUUGUUCCA